CUUCUUCAGACUGAGCUACAUGAGUGAUUCAAUGCUGUGGCUCUAUGAAGUUCAAUGUCACUAAAUCAAAUUUAACAUUGAAGCCAGAAGGCUGUAAAAUCCCCAGUAGAAAAGAUUAAAUGCGAUUACUUAGGCUUACGUUGAGCUUCAGUGGAAGUGUGUGAGAGGCUGGGUCAGAGUGGGAUGGGGAAUUAAAGCAGUGUACGUAAAGAUCCCGCUCGGAUUUGGAGGCCGGGGUAGCUGCAGAGACAGCCGGUGGCCAUGGGAGACCUGUUUACGGGUAGAACGUUGAUACAGAACAACAGGGACAGGGACGAGCUGGACACGCCGCUGCAGCUGGACAAAAAACUGCGCAACAAGGUAGUGCUGCUGUACUUUGGCUCAAGGGACUGCCCCCAAUGCCGGGAGUUUGCCCCGGCCCUGCAGGCCUUCUCCAACCGCCUGUUGGACGAGUAUUACAUCCUGCGGGCGGCUCAGCUGGUGCUGAUCUACGUAUCCCAGGACACAAGCGAGGAGCAGCAGCAGCGGUACCUCAAGACGCUGCACAGGAGGUGGCUCUUCAUACCAUUCCAGGACAAGUACAAACGAGACUUACUAAGAAUGUAUGAUGUCAAAGAAAUGCCGUGCAUCAUUGUUCUCAAACCCAAUGGAAAUCUUAUCAGCAGGAACGGAGUGGCAGAGAUCUCCAUGAUGGGAGUAAAUUGUUUCAAGAAUUGGUGGGAAGCAUCUGAUGCCAUUGACCGGAAUUUCCUGCUGGCAGAAGAUCUUGAGGACUGGACCUGGAAGAGUCUGACAGACCCCUUAAGGCAACUCAAGUACAAGAUUAAAAAGGUGACUACAGAGAUGGCUGAUGGAACCGAGUGACUAGCAUGGAACUGAUGAUUCUACCCAAUCCUUUCCCCCAUCCUUCUUGGCUGUAUCCAACUUCCAUUCCAGGACAUCCACAUUUUAAUUCCCUAAUGUUUGCAGAUCCCUGGAGCAACAAUUAACUCAAAAUUACAGGAAAUCAUUCUCUUGAGAAUAUGUGAAAUUUCCUCCAAAAUUUCCAACCCCUCAGAAGAGAGGGAUUAUCUCAGCUCUAGAUUACCGUGUGAAGUUGAAGUAUCCUGUGACUUAAUCUACAAAUAGAAUAACUAGGUUAAACUAAAAUACACAGUUGGAUUAGUAUCAGGCAAUGUAUUCUUCCCUUCAAAUCUGGUCUCUCAUUUCCCUUAUUCCUAACCAGUCCGAUGAAGGGUCUCGGCCAGAAACGUCACUCCCUCCUUCUCUCCAGAGAUGCUGCCUGUCCCGCUGAGUUACUUCAGCUUUUUGUGUCUAUCUUCGGUUUAAACCAGCAUCUGCAGUUCCUUCCUACACAGAAAAUAGAUGGUCAGAGACAGAAUUACCAGCCCAGGGUCCCAAACUAUGGGACCCUCGUCUUUAAGUGUAGAGUAAUUAAUUGGUGGAGAGUAAUGAAGUUUGAUUUAAUUAACUCUGGAGUAAUAACUUUUUACUUUGUAACAAUGAUACUGUCUUGUGUCACACUAGGUAUAAUGAGACUCCUCCUUGCAACGAGACACAAGAGUCCUCUGUAUGUGAUACAUGUUUAUUCAUCAUUGACUGUCCAGUUGUGCACCUGUGUUUAACAUGUGCCUGUCUUCCACUUGUAGAUUUGUGCAGAGCUGUCUCUAUGUUGAUCGUAAUACUUUGGACACUUCAUUCUAUCAUUUUCUUAUCUUGUUUUAGCCAGUUUAGUCACCAUCCAUUUAAACUGUGGAGAGAAAGUCUGCAGCUUUUGGUAUGGAGUAAAAGGGCAAUAAAGAUUUGUUUGUUUGUUAA